AAUGUAGCAUUAUUACAUCUGAAUAUUUAAAUGAGGUAUUCACUUUAUCGAAGCCGUUUGUUCCUUUACGGACAUAUUUCUGGUUGUUCCAAAACAAAACAUUCAUUGAGUGGGCGGAGCUCUGAACAGAUGGACGGCUCAAACUAGUCUAACCGUGUCGAAAUUUGUUCUCGUUCGCUUAAAAAGUUGUAUAAAUAGCUGUUACACCUGUGUAAAUAUAUAAAACUAUGUAGUUAUUAUUAUAAAAUCAAUCGGUAUUAGUUAAACUAUGGAGAAAUUUCACACAUGCAGCUGUUUUUUCAGAGAUAAUAUUUUUCUUGAAGAAUAUAAACUUCACGUUCGUUUCGUCUCAGAGAACCAGUUCAGGAAGGAGUAUCAAAAUAUCCUCAGGUCCCUGGGUUGCGUGUCUGAAUCUCAGUUCAGAGACGUGCUUGGAAAGAUUCAUGCAGAAAUCGAAAGACGCCAGACUCAGAAAUUGAGAUCAGCAGAGAGAGCAGCUACCAUUAGGGAAAUUUAUACACCUCUACAUCAGCAUGUUUAUCAUCUGCAGGAGUCAUUCCUGGCCCCAGAGUUUUUACAGUUGGUAAAAUACUGUAUUGCAAGUGAUGCAACCAUGGAAGGACUAAUGAAACUCAUCCAGACAGAGGCAGCACCAAGGGUCUUCCGAUUCCCAGUGUUCCGAAAAGAAUUCUGCAAGGACUUUAUAGAAGAGCUGGAGCAUUUUGAACAGUCUGAUGCUCCGAAGGGCCGGCCAAACACCAUGAACAAUUAUGGAAUUCUCCUCAAUGAACUGGGCUUUGAUGAGAGUUUCAUCACCCCACUGAGGGAGGUCUAUCUGCAUGCACUCACGGCUCUGCUCUACAGUGACUGUGGAGGAAGCUGUCUGGACAGUCACAAGGCUUUCGUGGUCAAGUAUGCUAUGCGUGAAGACUUGGACCUUAGCUAUCAUUACGACAACGCUGAAGUCACUCUCAAUGUAUCACUGGGAAAAGACUUUACGGAGGGGAACCUGUUCUUUGGAGACAUGAGACAGGUGCCUCUGAGUGAGACGGAGUGUGUGGAAGUGGAGCAUCACGUAACUGAAGGUCUGCUACACAGAGGCCAGCACAUGCACGGAGCUCUGCCCAUCUCCUCAGGCACACGCUGGAACCUGAUCAUAUGGAUGCGAGCUUCACGUGAGAGGAACAAACUCUGCCCUAUGUGUGGUAAGAGACCCACACUAGUGGAGAGUGACGGAUUCAGUGAUGGCUUCACCAUGGACCCUGACGACACUAGUAGUAAUGUGUCAUGUUCUUUAACAUGAUGUUGUUCAGUCCAUAUGGGAGCUAAUUUAUGAGAGUCUAAUUCAUGGUGCUUUGCUCAGUGAGUCAGCAAUCAGGAUUUUAAAAAAUCAGGAUUUUGGUGCCUUCUUCAAAAUCAGUACUGAAGGUAUAAGUGUUGAUUUAUGUUCUUGAGUAAUUUUGACUGUAAAUGACCUGAUUAAAUAUUCAAUUGAUUGUAAAUGUAGUGGGGUUUAAUCCUGCUAUUGACGUUAGUCAAUGUCUCAUCUUAGGAAAAAACUGUUAAUAUAUACAAGGAAUUUGAGAUGUACAAUAAAAUAAACAUACAAAUAAGAAUAAGAA